AUGAUCCCUCUGUGUGACCUCGUAGAGCAGGAAGCAGUACGCGAAGAAGAAGCAGCGCUCCUCGCUCACGCUGCUGUCUGCUGGUGGUUACUGGCUAAGCUCUCGUUCGGUUGUACAUCAUGGCUUCUUCUAAGCCAGUGGAGCCGCAGUCCGGGACGGGUCUCCCCCGCUGGCAGCUGGCCCUGUUGGUCGGGACUCCCAUAGUGCUGGGGGUGGGGGCGGUUUACCUCUGGAACCGCAGCAAGACGAAGGAGAGUAAAGGGACCGGGGAGCGGAAAACUCCAGAAGGCAGCGCGAGCCCCGUGCAGGGCCAAGACUGCCAAGACGGCUCCGCUCCGGCCGGCCGGGAGCCGGACCUGGUAACGGAACCGACAAUGACUGCUAAUAGCCCGUUGGAUCGGGCCCAAGCAGCAAAGAACAAGGGCAACAAGUACUUCAAGGCCGGCAAGUAUGAGAACGCCAUCCAGUGCUACACAGAGGCCAUCGCUCUCUGCCCCACAGAGCAAAAGACCGAUUUGUCAACAUUUUACCAGAACAGAGCAGCAGCCUACGAACAACAGAUGAAAUGGACAGAAGUGGUGCAGGACUGCUGUCAGGCUGUGGAGAUGAAUCCACGCUACAUCAAGGCUCUGUUCAGGAGGGCUAAGGCUCUGGAAAAACUCGACAGCAAGAAGGCGUGCUUAGAAGACGUCACAGCGGUGUGUAUUCUCGAGGCCUUCCAGAACCAGCAGAGCAUGCUGCUCGCAGACAAGGUGCUGAAACAACUGGGAAAAGAGAAGGCUAAAGAUAAAUACAAGAACCGUGAACCCAUGAUGCCUUCUCCUCAGUUCAUCAAAUCCUACUUCAGCUCGUUCACCGAUGACAUAAUCUCACAGCCGCUGCAGAAGGGGGAGAAGAAAGAUGAAGACAAGGACAAGGAGGGCGAGGCAGCCGAUGUCUCCGAGAGCUCUGGAUACCUGAAGGCAAAGCAGUACAUGGAGGAGGAGAACUACGAUAAGAUCAUCAGUGAAUGCACCAAGGAGGUCGAGUCAGGAGGCCGGUACACUGCGGAGGCGCUGCUGCUGCGUGCCACCUUCUACCUGCUGAUUGGAAACGCUACUGGUGCUCAGCCGGAUUUGGACCGAGUGAUAAACAUGCAGGACGCCAACGUGAAGCUACGAGCCAACGCUUUGAUCAAGCGGGGCAGCAUGUACAUGCAGCAGCAGCAGCCCAUGCUCUCCACACAAGACUUCAACAUGGCGGCCGACAUUGACACGCGCAACCCCGACGUCUACCACCACCGGGGGCAGCUGAAGAUCCUGCUGGACCAGGUGGACGAGGCGGUGGGAGACUUUGAUGAGUGCAUCGUGCUGCGGCCGGACUCGGCUCUCGCCCAGGCUCAGAAAUGCUUCGCUCUUUACAGACAAGCGUACACUGGGAACAACCCGUCACAAGUGCAGAUAGCCAUGGACGGCUUUGAGGACGUCAUCAGAAGGUUCCCCAAGUGUGCCGAGGGCUACGCUCUGUAUGCUCAGGCUUUGACCGAUCAGCAGCAUUUUGGAAAAGCCGACGAGAUGUAUGACAAGUGUAUCGAACUGGAACCAGACAAUGCUACCACAUAUGUCCACAAGGGUUUGUUACAGCUUCAAUGGAAACAGGACCUUGACUUGGGCCUCGAGCUCAUCGGUAAAGCCAUUGAAAUUGACAACAAAUGUGACUUUGCCUAUGAAACUAUGGGAACCAUUGAAGUUCAAAGGGGAAAUCUGGACCGGGCAAUAGAUAUGUUCAACAAGGCGAUCAACCUGGCCAAGUCUGAGAUGGAGAUGGCCCAUUUGUACUCGUUGUGUGACGCAGCGUACGCCCAGACAGAAGUAGCGAGAAAGUACGGGCUGAAACCUCCGACACUGUAACGUCUCUGCCAACCCAUCGCCAAUCUCAAUCUUAAUUGCUGAAUUUAACUGUUUAAACUCUCUGACUUAACUUUUGAUUAUAGUACUGGAUUAUAAAAGGAAGAGCCCUGACUAAAUAUAUAUCUAUGUAUAGAUAUGUAUUUUACACACUGUGUUUACGUCACAUUAAUGGGGUUUGUUAUCAUGGAAAGAAGGAUUUCUAUUCACUAACAAGGCUACGAUCCUGGCCUCCGUUUGAUUUGGUGGUUUGUCAGGUUCAGGGCUCUUAACCGACGCAGCCCUCUGCUGACACUUAAAAGGAUAGUUUGGAUGUUUUUGAGUGUAGUCAGUGAAUAACUUACAGUAGAAGCAGAAAGCUAAACAUUGUACUGCUGUGGACGCCAGGCUCCAUUGACAAAAACAGUCAUUUAACCUCACAGAAUGCUGGAGCUGCUGGUGUACCGCUGGCUCCAUCUGUUGGUUAGUUUGUGUUAUUGUGUGACUUUGGUGAAUCUGAACUAACCCUUUAAAACAAGAAGUCACACAAUAACACAAACUAACCAACAGAUGGAGCCAGCGGUACACCAGCAGCUCCUGCAUGCUGUGAGGUUAAAUGACUGUUUUUGUCAAUGGAGCCUGGUGGCUUUGAAGAAAGCAUAGAUAACUACUUCCCUAAAUAUUCUAUAUUUAGGGUACACUGGUAUUACGUCCACAGCAGUACAUUGUUCAGCUUCCUGCUGGUACUUCCUGUCAGUUGCUACAGUAGAGAAUCACCUCGUACUACCACACCUUUUGAAAUAUCUAAACUAUCACUUUGACUCGAGCACAACAUUGUCAUCGGACCGUUUAAUUGCUCAGAAUAAAGAGAAAGAUAUCUAGAGAGAAACAAACAUGAAUGGCCAUGUAUACAUGUCUAAAUGGAAAUGAAUAGUAACUAUGUGAAAUGUAAGUGAACUGAAAUGUGCGCAGUCUGUUGAAACAUUUACUGACUUUAAGAGCUUUACAUGGUUCUAAUGGACUGUUCACGUGUUAAUUUAUGCUGAUCUAAAGUGUUUCCCCGGCUCCUUUUCAUAUGUAACAUACACUAUCAGUUCUGAAUGCAAGAUUAAAAUUAUAGUCAAAUGUGUAAUGUCUGUUUGUAAUGCUGGAUUUGUUCCCAUGGAUACGGGGCUAAGAGGUUAGUUUAGCAUCCUUAAAUGUUUAGCAUUUUUAAUCAUGGGAUUGCCUGUUUUUCUUUUUUAUACUUUGUGCAGCAUGUUCACUUUAUAAAUAAAUGUAAAUGCAAUGUUCGUGCUGUCUUGAACACUAGGAAACCCCCAAUUAUAAAACCAUCUUGAUUAGAAAACUUAACCAACUUAAUGUAUUUUAGUUUUCUUGAAACUUGUUUUUUAAUUGUCAGAUGUCACAAGGGAUUGGGUAUUCAGUGAUGUUCUUUUUCCUAGCUCACGUUAAAUGAGAAACUUGAUUUUCUAUUUUAUUGUAAAUGUUUAUUUUUCAUGCAACAUUACAUAUUUUGACAGUAACCUUAAAGAGUGGUUUUAUUUUCUGUCCUAUUCCAAGUAUAUUCUCACAACUCGAGCCUUAUUGCUUCUUGGUUCGGUGUAUGAUUUGGUUCUCGAGUAGCGAAAAAUAAAAUUAGCCAUCACUCCUGAAUGUGUGUAACAUUUUC